GUGCGCCGUAGGCACGCGGGAGCGACGGCGAGCUGCUGGUGUCACGCGGAAGAUGGCGACGUCCUGGGCCGGCUGAGGCUCCAUGGAGAGCGUGAGAGGGUGCUGUGCAACCCGGGUGUGUGGCGCUGGGGUCGCUUCGCUAGGUGUUUUCUGUCCUGGAUUUCGUGCAGGUCGUCCUCCCCGGCUCUCGGGUGCGAUGUGGAGAAGGUGCCUCAGGCUGCAGGACUCGGGUCGCCGCCUUCGGGACCAGGCCAUGGGUGGUCUCACCGCCCGCAUGGGACCGGGACCGGGACCCACUACUCAGCCCCUAGCCCGGGCCUACGCCCCGCUGACAGAGCGGAAGCGCUUCUAUCAGAAUGUCAGCAUCACACAGGGUGAAGGUGGUUUUGAGAUCAACCUGGACCACAGGAAGCUGAAAACUCCCCAAGCCAAGCUCUUCACAGUCCCCAGUGAGGCCCUGGCCAUCGCUGUGGCCACUGAGUGGGACUCCCAGCAGGAUACCAUUAAGUUCUACACCAUGCACCUGACCACCCUGUGCAACACAUCUUUAGACAACCCAAUGCAGCGGAACAGGGAGCAGCUCAUCAGGGCAGCUGUGAAAUUCCUGGACACUGACACCAUCUGUUACAGGGUAGAAGAGCCAGAGACGUUAGUGGAACUUCAAAAGAACGAGUGGGACCCAGUCAUAGAGUGGGCAGAAAAAAGAUAUGAUGUACAGAUUGGCUCCUCCACCAGCAUCAUGGGGCCCAGCAUCCCAGCCAAGACUCGGGAGGUGCUUGCCAGCCACUUGGCAUCUUACAACAUGUGGGCCCUGCAAGGUCCUGACCUGGCUUGUGUUCCUGCAGGGAUUGAGUUUGUAGCAACCCAGCUCAAGUCCAUGGUGCUGACCUUGGGCCUGAUUGACCUGCAUCUGACAGUGGAGCAGGCGGUGCUGCUGUCACGUCUGGAAGAGGAGUACCAGAUCCAGAAGUGGGGCAACAUCGAGUGGGCCCAUGAUUAUGAACUGCAUGAACUUCGAGCCCGGACAGCUGCUGGCACACUUUUCAUCCACCUCUGCUCCGAGAGCACCACAGUCAAGCACAAGCUCUUGCAGGAGUGAAACCAGGCGGCUUGCCCCCAGUGAGACACUGGCUGUAGUCACUGUCCCCCAGCCUGUGGGGCUCCCCUUGUCACCCCAGCUCAGCAUUGCCCGAGGCACCCAGGACACUGAUGACUAUCUGGAGUUCAGCUGGAGCCCAAGUCUGGUGCACCACUCUGGCCAGCAGUGAGCAAGGGUAUGGGUGAGUGGUGGGGUGACUUUAUGAACUUGAUGUGAUUAAAUGUUUCUCCUACACUGGAAAUAGGUCAGCA